AUGACCAGAUAUUCCCCGCUGCCAUCCGACGACGACUUCCACGAAGUUUUCAGCGCAGGUGGUUCCAAUGACGUAAUGAAGCACUUUGUGUCGUCCUCGAAGGCGGCGCUGCUCUGUCUCUAUUGUCUAGCCCUUUUGAUCCUCAUGGCUGAAUACUGGAAGUUUAUGGGAGACUCAGAGACUAGCACUCUGCCCUCACCUUUGCAGUCUGUCCUCUAUCACAACUACUGCGUCCACUACAACGUCAUUGCUCCCGUCACCGCAAGUUUUGAUCGGAUUGGUCAGAUACUGCACGUCAGUUCUGAUGUGCUUGACCACAGGAUUAUUGAGCAGGUAACCAACUGGAAUGCUCCCGUAUCAAUGACUGUAGUACUACGCUCAAUAGACCAGUACGCUUGUAUCGCGAAUUUUCUGAGGCGUAUCCGACGUGAAUCUGCGGCUGUGGCGCAACAUCUUCGUGCACAUCUCAUAUUCUCAAAAGUAUGGUCGGGGAACUGUACAAUUCCGCAAUCCGCACUCAGAUCUUCAAAAGUUCGAUGCGAAAAGGCUGCAACUACCGUGGAGCAAGUGGCACUCUAUCCAGCCAAUCUAGCAAGGAAUGUUGCUCGUAUGUUCUCGGCAACAAAAUACAUCGUCAUCACUGACUAUGAACAUCUCUUUAACGAAGGUUUCGAGAAUAUCGUGCGACUGGUGGCCGAGAGUCGACUGAAGGAGAAACCACUUACUAUGCUUGUCUACAGAAUUUUUGAAAUUGAUGAAAAGGUCAUCAAGAUGCCGCGAGACAAAGCCGAACUGCAAAAGUUGUACAAGUCAGGAGAUGCUGUGGUCUUCCAUUCAAAAUACUAUCCAGGUGCGCACGAAAUUGAUGGACUUUUAGACUGGUUCAAUAAGAAUGGUACCGACGGAGGACUUUUCGCAAAAGAUAGAAGAUACAACCGUGCAAACUGGGAGCCGCAAUUCGUUUCUCUCUGGCGAAUUCCAUUUCAUGAUGAGAUGUUUCCCUAUCAACUAAGGGACAAUACAGUACUGAGAUGGGAGAUGUGUCGUGCAGAGUACGCAAUAGAUAUUCUGGACGAUGUGUUCAUGUUCCACAAAGGGAUCAAGCAGAAGUCGAACGAUGGAAGGACAUGGGCCAUUCAGAAGCAGAAUUCGAAGAAGUUCGUGAAGGCAUUGGAAAUGUUCAAGGCUCGCAUGGACAAAGAAUACCCACGCACAAAAGAGAGCUGCCCUGAACCCCAACGAUAG